AUGUCUGAUCGCAAAAACUACUACGAAGGUCUUGAAAGAGGCCCAGAGCAUCCCGAACCUGGUUCUGCACCCACUAGGCCAGGGCUGAACAAUCCUCGAACCACAGCUCUCAUUGCUGCAUCACGCCGUUUGGAAAGAGAUGUCGCAUCCAGACGUUCCAGUGCUCAAUUAGCGAGUAUCAACUAUAGCGAAGAAACGGGCCAUCCUCUUUACAUCACUGCUGAUGGAUACGCUCUCAAGCCUGAGCAGGUGCCUGAACACAUCAGACAAGAAGUAGACAGAAAAUCAAAGAAAUGA